GAAGAAGGUUUGACGAGUAAUUUUCCGCGGGAACAGAAACAAACAAUCGUAAGCCGUUUCUUUCUUAUCUUCUUCAACAACAACACCGACAAAGCUGAAACCUUUCGAAAAAAUGAUGAUGCGAUUAUCACCCGGAAUCCGUUUUCAAUCACACCCCUUCUUCAACCCCCAUAAACCCACUUCUCUCCACGUCCAAAUCGAACCACUCAAGAGAAGGAACUUCUCCAAAAUCAGCGACGACGACGCUUUCGAUGCUGCAGCUUACGAGUCCGAGCGUCUGAGUCUCGACGCGGUCGCGAUGGAAAACAUGGCUGAGACAGCAAAGAAGGAGAUUGAAUCCGACCCGAAAGCGUGGAAAUGGAUAAUCCGAAAGAAGAUGUGGGAUCUAAUGGAAGCUCGGAACUACGCUAUGAGCCCAAGACCCGUUCAUCAUCGUAUCCCUAACUUCGUCGGCGCGGCGGAUGCAGCCGCGAAAUUAGCUGAGCUUGACGCCUUUCGUAUGGCUGGUGUCGUUAAGGUUAAUCCUGAUUCGCCCCAGAAGCAAAUCAGGUUUCUUACACUCUCUGGUGAGAAGAAGUUGUUGACUCCUCAACCUAGGCUAAGAACAGGGUUCUUCUCUGUACUAGAAUCUGAUUUUUUAAAGCCAGAGACGAUCAGAGAAGCUUGCACUUCUGUAGGAGUAGCCAAGUAUGGAAGAGCGAUUGGUUUAGAUGAGAAGAUCAAAGUGGAUCUCAUUGUCCUUGGCUCUGUUGCUGUUAACCCUCAAACAGGUGCUCGGUUAGGGAAGGGAGAGGGUUUUGCGGAGCUUGAGUAUGGAAUGUUGCGUUACAUGGGAGCUAUAGAUGAUUCCACACCCGUUGUUACAACCGUGCAUGAAUGUCAGCUUGUGGAUGAUAUACCUCUAGAGAAACUAGCGAUUCAUGACGUUCCUGUGGAUAUCAUAUGCACUCCUACUCGAGUCAUUUUCACAAAUACUCCUAUCCCUAAACCACAAGGAAUCUAUUGGGACAAACUGUCGCCGGAGAAGCUGAGACAGAUUCGGAUACUGAGAGAGCUAAAGAGGCGGUUGGAAAAGGAGUCUGGCUGUAAACUUCCGACCGGACCAUCUGAGAAGUUGCCUCCCACUGCUGAGCGCAAACGCAGAUAACUAACGUCUGGUUUCUACCGGUUGUUUUUGGUCACUGUUGUAUUGUAUAUAUGCAUCGAUUGAGCAUUUAUAGGCCUUUGGUAAAGCCCAUAAAUUCUUAUUUGCCUUAAGAACAAGGGCCAUCUUGAAUAGAGAAUGUCCCCUCCCUUCCCCUAGUCCAGAAAUGUCAGCUUCUUCGGCAAGACAGUUUGAUAUUAUACUUAUCAUUUUUAUAUCAAAACAGAUAUAGUACUUAUUUUGUUUUUGUGUGUAAGUUUCAUGGCAUCUUCAA